AAGAGCGUACGUAUCACACGUUGUACGAGCAGUGUCCUUCUCAGGCUCGAGUCAUCCAAGUGUACGAAUAAGCGUCUUUUGAAAAUAGUCGUUACGUUAGAACAAUGAACAAGCAGCAAAUUAUCGUGGCUCUUUUGAGCUUUAGCUUAGGUAUCAUAGUCUUUUGCGAGGGCAAGGAGCUUUCGGAACUCUUGCAGGACGACAAGUUCAUUGACAGCGUGAAGGAAUGCAUACUGGAGAAAGAAAAGUGCGACGACAUGGGGUUUAAAGUGAGAAAUGUUCUACUGCCUGAACUGAUCAGCAGAGAUUGCGAGAGUUGUAGUCCUUCCUUGAAGAAGGACGGGCAAACAUUGAUAUCGAACCUGAAGGAACGAUUUCCUACCGAGUGGAUCAUAAUCUCCCACAUGUACGAUCAGGAGAUUUACGAUAUUCCUGGCUAUUACACGACUCCGCUGAUGCCACCGCUGUGAGAACCGACUCUUCUUCCUGCACUUACUUUUCCCGCACUGUUUUUAGUAGUAUUGUUCUUCAGUAUAAAACAUACUCUAUAAAACAUACUCUAAAUGUUGAAAUAUCUUAUAUGCAUAUGUAUGUAAAAUCUUAAAAUAUAUAUACAAAUAGAUUUUCUUCAAUUGCA